AUGCCUGUGCCCCGUUUCUCUUCGAAUCUUUUGAGAUCUUCAAGGACGAGACACUUCUCAACCUCGGUAGCGAGAUGUUCUUAUGAAGAGACAGUUCAAAACCUGAAGAUCGGAAAACACACACGAGUUCUAUACCAGGGAUUCACCGGAAAGGUCGCAACACAGAACGCCAAGGAGUCUCUCGAAUACGGCACGAACAUUGUUGGUGGUGUAAAACCAGGNGGCAGCGGAGAACAUCUAGGCUUGCCAGUAUUACCUACUGUCAGAGAGGCCAAAGAGCAGUUGAAGCCAGAUGCUACUGCAAUCUACGUGGCCGCUCCUCACGCGGGCAAAGCCAUCGAGGAAGCCAUCGAGGCAGAGAUACCGCUAAUCGUCGCCGUGGCCGAACAUAUACCACUUCAUGAUAUCCUACGAAGUCUGUGCAUCGGCAUGGGAGGCGAUGUGGUAGCAGGCACAAACUUCGUCGACGCUUUGCGAGUCUUCGAGACGGAUCCUGAUACCGAAGCUAUAGUGCUUGUUGGAGAGGUCGGUGGAAGUGCCGAGUUGGAAGCAGCCGACUGGAUUAAAGACUACCAUCGCCGCGAGAAGAACCCAAAGUAA